UUGAUUCGAAACAAAAGAUUCGGACGUUUCCGAACUCGCAAAGCACAAGUGAAUCAGAGGGAAAGAUGGCGGCUGCCUACUUGACCCACCAUCAGAAGGUCCUGCGACUCUACAAGAAAUCACUGAGACACAUCGAGUCAUGGUGUAUUUUCAGGGAUAAAUAUCGUUUCUAUGCAUGUUUGCUGCGAGCACGCUUUGAUGAGAACAAACAUGAGAAGGACAUGAUGAAGGCCACCAUGAUGCUGAAGGCAGGUGAGGAGGAAUUCUGGGCCAAUCAGCACCCGCAGCCCUACUUGUUCCCAGACUCACCUGGAGGAACAUCCUAUGAAAGAUAUGAGUGCUACAAAGCUUCUGGCAUCGCUCAUCUUCAGACCGCAGUGGAAGAAGGCCUUAACCUUCCGGAGUCCCCCUGCCUCAGGCCAAUCCAAAGUCCAUCACAGUGUCCCUCUGCAUUCAAGACAGACUACAUCAGGAAAAAUGCUCUGUGCAGGGAACAUUUCUCACAGUUACAGUCUGGGAGAACUUCUGUGGAUUGACACUGACCUGGGAAGCAUAUCCAUAGAAUUUCCUUUGAGUGAAUUUCCCUCCAAUCUGAUGCUCCAAGGAGAGAGAUUUACUUUAAGGGCAGGGUUCGAAAUAAACUUUUUUACUUGGUAGCACUGGUGCUCCCAACUUUAAAAAGUUAGGAGCACCAGCAAAAAUUAAUGAGCACCAUAACUACAAAUUAUAUAUUAACAGAUUUCAUC